UUGUACGGUAUAUAAUAAGAUUAAAUUUCAAAUUACUGAUUUGAUCGGUGACAUUUCUGCUAAUCACGACGAUGCCAUUUCAUUUCAUCUAAUGGCUGUCAUGUGGGCUCUUCUCGUGUUACAAAUUGGUUCUUUAUCAUGGUGCUACAGUUACAACGACGGCAAUGCAGAGAACACACUGAGCAUGCCCGAAUCAAGCAUUGGCAACCUCCUGAUGCCAGCAGACCUGUUGCAGAAGGCGGCCAUUCUUCCCGCCAAAACUCAAAUCUUCCAAGCCAACAUCAACUCUGACGAGGCGUUGUCUCUGAUGGCGGAUCUUUUCUACCCCAAGGACUUCACGAUGACCUCCCUCACCACCAUUAUCAUCGACCAUCGUCAGUCCAUCCCCAAGCUCUUCCCGAAAAAGCUUGCUGUCCCAGGAGCUAAACAGUUCGCUUUAGGAGAUGACCAGUGACCUGAGAGACGUAUGAUGAGAAGAAAUUCUAUUUAUUUCAUUAUCUGUGAUAUUAAAGAAGUAAGCACUCCUUUCAAAACUUGUUGUUGUGUUUUUCAUUUGGAUAUAUUUUUAAAUUUUAUAUACUAGGAAAUAGAUUCUGGCGUAAAUCAGCUAAAAAUUUAAAAUAAAAAAUAAAUCUGUACUUUUAUAAAAAGGCGCUUACACGAUUCCACAUGACUGAAAAAAGUGAAUUGAAGAAAUUAGGAAAAAUGCGUUUUCUGAAGAAAAAAACCACCCACAUCUCCAUAAGAUUGCAAACUUUUUCAGGGUUUUAUGCCACAAAGUAUAUGCGGGGAUUGUUCGGUUGCGGGGGGGGGGGUAUUUUUUUAUAUUAAAGUAUGUUCUCCAUUGUACAGUGCAAAACUUCUUAUCUAAGAAAACCGCAAGGUAAAUAGUUGGCAGAAAAUAAAGUAAUCGUAAAAUUCAGAAAAAUGUUCAUGUUUACAGUAAGACAGGCCAAGAGAACUGUUCAUAGUUAAUAAUUAAAAUCACGCUUAGUUUGAAAUUCAUAAAGAAUUUUUAAAAGUUACUCUAAACAAGUUACAUAAUCUAAUCUAAAAACAGAUUUUGUAUCUGCAGAAAACCGAAAGUAGCAAUUCUAACGAAUAUAUAUCAACUGGUGUUAAAGUUCGAUUUUUCUAAAACGUUUAUAAUAACAUUUAAAAGACUAAAGCUAUUAAGAAAAGUUUUUUAUUGAUAAAUGUUUAAAAUUUCUAACAAACAUGGCAAAAAAAAUUUCAAAACCCCAAAUAUUUUGAAGUAGUGAGUUUUUUUAUUUGUAUGACAAGCAUAUCAUUUGUAAACUCCAUAAAAACAAUACAGGUAUUUAGUAAGCGAUGACAAUACUAUAAGCUUUACCUGUUUUACUUGAUAGCAUGAACACAUCACUUAUUUAUUCAAUCCUUUUGAUGUCAUUACUCAGAAGAACAAUUUAUUCAAGAUCAUAUGUCCAGACCGAGGUCAAAUUAGGUCACUUGCCUGUGUUUAUGUGUGCUUUUCCAUCAUAGUAAAACAGUUAUUAAAAAAUCUCCAGGAUUCUUUGAUCAUUAAGCUUAUUGGUGAGCCUUUGGGCUUAUAAAUGAUUAAAGUUUCAGAGCACACCCACUUUCCCCAGGAAUUACAGAACACAUAUAAACAUGUACACAACCUGAGAUACAGAGACUAGGGUAGUGUAUAAGAGAAAAACAAUUUGUUACAAAAAAAUGGAGUUUUACACAAUACAAUUCUACAUACAAUGUAGAAAUAUCAAAAUCUGAUAUAUCAACAGAUGAGUAUAAGUACUUGUAAAUAUAUAACAAAGGUACAAUAAUACUAUCAUACUGUGAUGCUUGAAAGAACACUUACUCAUUUGUCCAGCAUAUUCAGACCAAUGUCUUCAACCAACCCUCCAUAAACAAACCAUAAUGGUGCAAUUUAAAAGAAUGUAUAAAAACACAACAGU